AGCCAUACGGCUCCGAUCUAGGGGCAAUUUUUGUUAUCUGUUUCGUACUCUGUUCCCUGGUGACUGGGGGACGCCCCACACGGUUUCCGUGGUUCACCGUCUGCGAUAGGGUCUCCCUAUCGAUCUGGGGGAUUUCGAUUCCCAAUCUGUGGUCCGUCUGGGCCAAUCUGGAGACACCCUUUGAGGUGACUCAUCUGGGGGAUUUCGAUUCCCAGUCUGUGGUCCGCCCGGGCCAAUCUGGAGACACCCUGUAAGGUGUCUCAUUUGGAGUGAAACUGAUGCGUAUGCAUGUGAAUGAAGUGGCCGGCCUGAUUGUUUUGUGUGUCGUGGGUGCUGUGUUAGGUUAUUUGUUGUACCGCGCUUGCGUUAACCGCCCUGUGACAAUAGAACGUCAUGGGACAGUCGACCUCAUCCCCAUUGUCCCUCACCCUCGACCAUUGGUCGGAGGUGCGGAAGAGGGCUCACGAUCUCUCCUUGCAGGUCAAGAAGAGUAAGUGGCAGGAUUUCUGCUCGACUGAGUGGCCUGCUUUCUCUGUGGGGUGGCCACCAGAGGGGACUUUUCAUCUGCCCCUCAUUCUAGCAGUUAAGGACGUCAUCUUCCGCCCCGGACAAAGGGGGCACCCUGAUCAAGUCGCUUACAUCCUGGUAUGGCAGGACCUCAGGGAGGAACCCCCAUUAUGGGUAAAAUCCUUUCUUCCCCCUUCUGACUCAUCUGUACCAAAGCUUUUAGCUCUGAAAGGACCUCCCACUUCGGCUCCGGUCCUGCCCGAGUCUCAGCCUGAUCUACCCUUACUCGACUAUGACCAGCCUCCUCCUUCCCAGCCGACUCAACCUCCUCCGUACCCACUCUCUCCUCCAGCCUCCUCGUCCGAAUCGAGUGCUGCUUCUCCGUCAGCCCCCUCUUCACCUGAGCUAAAUUCCUCUUCUCCUCCGGUACCCACGUCCCCUCUAUAUCCCCCACUCCCUGCGAUGGCUUGCCCCGAGCCCACACCUCCGGGGCCCACGGGCCCAGCCCAGAACACUCGGAGCAAGCUACGGCUUGAGGAUCCAGUCGUUGCCCUCCCUCUCCGUCCCUAUGGGCCCAUGAUAGACGAUGGGACAGAUGGAGGGCAGAUGCCCGCUUUACAGUACUGGCCUUUUUCUACCUCAGAUCUCUAUAACUGGAAAAACAAUAACCCUCCUUUUUCUGAUGAUCCUUCUAAGCUAACAGGUCUAAUGGAUUCUGUUAUGUUCUCCCACCAACCCACAUGGGACGACUGUCAACAGCUCCUAGGGGUCCUGUUCACCACCGAGGAAAGAGACCGCAUCCUCCUGGAAGCCCGGAAAGCUGUUCCCGGAGAGGAUGGCAGACCCACCCAGAGACCAGACCGGAUCGAUGACUUCUUCCCCUUAAAGCGCCCCAACUGGGACCCCAACUCACCUGCUGGUAGGCAGCAUCUUUCUAUCUAUCGCCAGACUCUAAUGGCAGGUCUCCGGGCGGCCGCAAGGCGCCCCACUAAUCUGGCCAAGGUAAGAGAAGUUACCCAAGGACCUACUGAGACUCCCUCAGUUUUUCUAGAACGCCUGAUGGAAGCUUACCGGCGAUAUACGCCUUUUAACCCUGAGGAGGAAGGCCAAAAAGGCUCGAUAGCUAUGGCCUUUAUAGGACAAUCGGCCCCUGAUAUAAGACGUAAGCUCCAAAGGCUAGAUGGUCUCCAAGACCUGACUCUGAGGGAUCUUGUUAAGGAAGCUGAAAAGGUCUACUAUAAGCGGGAGACAGAGGAAGAGAAAGAGUUAGCUAGGGACAAAAGACGAAACAAGGAAUUAACUAAGAUGUUGGCCACAGUUAUUCAGGGAAAACCUGAGCCAGGAAAGGGAAAGCCCACUCGCCCUCCAUUAGACCCUGAUCAAUGUGCAUAUUGUAAGGAAAAAGGACACCUGAUCAAAGACUGUGAAAAGUUAAAAAAGAAACGGGCCAAAGAAGAACGAGAAAGACAGUCCUCACAGCGAUCCCGAGCCCCCAUGCUCACCCUAGAUGAAGAAGACUAG